ACACUUUCCAUGUCACCGACACCGACAAAAAAUAAAAAUGUCGCAACGUCCAUUUUCAUCGCCGAACGUAGAAUGUAUUUUUUAAUUUUCCUCAUAAAAAAGUAUUUAGUGGCCUAAAUUUCCCCAUCUAAUUCCUACAAACCGAAACGGUAACAUUCACAUCCGAUUUCGACUCGAAAAUCUAUCCAUGACUGUUCAUCAAGUGGUUUUUUUAAGUAUUGUUGCCCACGAAAAAUGAUGUACUCGUCAAAAUGUACACCACCAAAUUAACAAUACCGAAAAUACCUACAUAGGACAACCACAAUCAACAUUUCAAUUUUUGAAACUAAAACAGUGCGAACGUGAAACAACAACAAAAACUAAAGGAAACAAAAAGUGAUACACACAAAGCCGGAAAAUCGACAGCAUAAAAUCAUGUCAUUGUCCAAUGCUGAAUGGUACUGGGAAAAUAUACAACGGGAAGAAGUGAAAGAUAAAUUACAAGAUCGGCCGGACGGAACAUUUCUCGUACGUAAAGCAGCUAGCCAGGGUGGCGAGUACACAUUAGCAUUAGUGAAAGAUGGUAUUAUCAAGCUGAUAAAAAUUAUCAUCGACAACAACAAAUACGGUUUCGUGAAGCCAUGUGAAUUCGAUACGGUGGUGGAUUUGAUAAACAACUAUCGUAAAGUGUCUCUCAAACAGUACAAUUCAACGUUAGAUGUAAAAUUGUUGUAUCCAGUGUCCCGAUUCAAAGAAGACGAUGACGAAGCCGCUAAGUCAACCGAUAAGCUAGUGCAAUGCUUCAUCGAAACGCAUAAGGACUAUGUGGAAACGACCUGCGAAUUCAAUCAAAUGCUGGAAAAUUAUCGGAAUUCAAAUAACGAACGGGCGCUGAAACGACAGGCUUUCGAUGCAUUUUCGGAGGCAAUUAAAAUGUUCAAACAUCAAGUGACGCUGCAGGAACAAUAUGUGCCGGAACCGCAUGAAGCCAAAAAUGCGGCAGACAAUUACGGUUUACUCAAAAAGCGACUCUUUGCGCUGAAAGAAAGUAAAGAGAAACUACAGAUCGAUUUAGACUUCCAGCGAGAAAUGAUAUUGUCGUUGGAAAGAAAUAUUACAGAUAUCAAACCAGAUAAGGUGCGGCUGUCCAAAUUAAAGGAUCGAUAUCAAACAUGGCUGAUGAACCGAGGCGUAAGCGAACAACAAAUUAAAAAACUAAUCGAACGGGGUUUCGAAGCGUGGACGGAACAGGACCAAAACGAGCUGUUACAUGAAGAUGAAAAAACUUGGAAUAUUCCUAAAUGUUCGCGGCCCGAGGCCGAAGCCUAUCUGGCCGACAAACCAACGGGUACGUUUCUCAUUCGUCCGAGUUCGGCCGGCAAUCAUGCACUGUCAAUUGCAUGCAACGGUGUCAUAAAUCAUUGCAUGAUCCACAAAACGCUGGACGGUUUUUACGGCUUUGCGAUACCGUACAAUGUUUAUCCGUCACUGCUGUCGUUAGUUUUACAUUAUGCCCAAAGUUCGCUGGAAGAGCAUAAUGAUCUGUUGCCAACAACACUAAAAUAUCCAAUUUUUUCGCCGUACAUUCAAAGGUUACAAAAGUAAAACAAAAACAAAAAAAAAUUAUUAACUAUAUAUAUUUUUAUAAAAUAAUAUAUAAGUCUAUAAGUCUAUAUUGAUACAAAAAAACAGAAAAAAAAACAAAAACAGAAAAUGAUGAAAAUGAAAAUGUGUUUAUCGAAUUUGAUUCAAAGAGAAAUGAAAAAGAAGAAAAAAAAUUUGAUUUUUUUUAUUAUUAUUUAAUAACUAAGAGAGAGAGAGUAUCGUUUCGAAUAAUAUUUGCAAACAAACAAAAAAAAUGAAAAGAAAAACUAUUAAAAAAAACCAACAAAAAACAAGUAAUUAUUAUUAUGGAUGAAAUUAAUCAUUGGUUACUUUUUCUGCAACCACUCAAUAUUACUGUAAAUAAUAAAUAUUUUUUAUUUAAAAAAGAAAAGAA